AUGGAGUCGUCGCCUCCGAGGAGCGGCCCUGCUGCUCCUGUGGCAGGUGUGAAGCGUCCGGCGUCCUUGUUGCCGGCUUUCGAGCCAUUGAGCUCCUCCCCCUCCCUUCCUCGACCACAGAAGCGUGUAGCUCGCGAUGACCAUGCCAUUGCCUCGACGUAUCCUACUCCCGUCCCAACUUCGUCGACUCAUAUCAUGUCCUCCUCCCCCCCUCGAAUGGCCUUGUCUCGAACGGCCUCGCGUCGUACCUUCGCGUCCACCGCCUCGGAACGGACUCCGCUGUCCGCCGUCCCAACUCUGAUGCUCCCAGAAAACGGGGAGCCCCUUCUCAUGGGUCGAUCGAGCGCGUCGUGCCAUCACCAGCUGGCGGCCAACCGCAUGAUUUCCCGCGUCCACGUCAAGGCGACCUACAAGCCUGCCCCGAAUCCCUUUGACCGGGAUCGAGUGGAGAUUAUGUGUAUGGGAUGGAAUGGAAUCAAGCUGCAUUGUCAGGGAAAGACCUACGACCUGGCCAAAGGAAAGACCUUUACGUCGGACAUCAAGGAUGCCGACAUUAUGAUUGAUGUUCAUGAUGCACGCGUUCUCGUCCAAUGGCCGCGUAACGAAAGAAAGGACUAUGCUUCCACAGACUCGGAACAGACAUGGGAGGAGAACACGCCCACACGGAACAGCAAGGUCCGCCGGAGUUUGCAUGAGAGUCCCAGUGCUGAGCGUCAACGCCUGGCGUCGCCCGUCUCUCCCUCGCCGGCGGUGAAAUCGAUGAUCCCGCCCUCUUCGCCUCUGUUCACCCCGACUCGGACUCGGAACGCCGUGGUCGUCUAUGAGGACGAGGCCUCCCCUACGCGUCGCACCCUCCCGUCGGACUCCUUGGGAUCGGAGGAUGCCCCGAAGUCCUCAAGUGUAGACGAUCUGCUGCAGAGCUCCCAGUCCAGUGAUCUCAGUGAUUUGAGUAAGCCGGAUGAUUUGUCCGAUCACGACGAGGAGAAUGAUCCGAUCAUCCACUCGUUCGGACCCUACGGCGAGAACCUUCUUCCCCGGUUGGCCUCCUUCUCUGCGGAUGAGUCCCCCCUACGACCCACACGCCCUCCCAACCAGGCCGCCCAUCAGCCUCUCCAACCAGCCCAGGCCCCCAAACAACCCACCAAGCCCGUGGAGGCGGAGACCCCAGAGCCCAGCAAGCUGGUGUUUGACGAAAGCUGGGAACGGGUGCAAAACCAUGCGGUGAACCAGCUGGCCUUCUCCCGUCUCUCUUCUACUCCCUUCUCUACUAUUGUGAGCAAUCUUCCCCCGACUCUCUGGAAGCGUGAUGGCCACACCAAAGUGGGGCCUUCUCGAGACGAAAUCCGAACGAUCCUCGACUCGACCAAGUGCAUCGGCAAGGUCGCGCGCGAAGGAAAGGAUGCGGCAGGCAAGCCACUGGAGAGCGAAUAUUACUAUAUCCCCGACUUCGAUGACGACGAAAUGCGUCGCGAGGCGGUCGUGAAUGAUCUGAGAAAACCCGGCCUUCGGAACUGCCGAAAGCAGCACAAGCAAUACUUCUGGCGUAAACCCAAAUAG